UUCCAUCAGUUUCCAUCUCGUCUCUCUCUUAAUGUAUAUAAAUUAUCUACUUGUGUAGUUGUGUGUAUUCCACCAGUAAACCGUAACCCGUAUGCACACUGGUACUUGGUCGAUUUACGAACCGGGAUUAAACCGGUCCACGCAAUGCGGAAAUGUAGGCGUGUUCGGCGUUUCCAAAAUUUCAUUAAAACUCGGUGCAGAACACGAGCUGUUAUCAAAAUAAUAUGUCUGAUGUCAUAAAACUGUACCCGUUGGUCCCGUUGAAAUAUUAUAUUAUAAUCGCGAUUGUACCUUUAUGAAUUUUGCCAAUGCUUUCGAUGCGAACGCCAUAUUAUGCACAUUUCGUGGCUUCGUGCUUUUGGGUUGGCUUCCAUAGUUGAUAAUCAUAAUAAUGACUAACGGGUGCCUAAUAACUACAUGGUCCGCAAACCGCAUCCUACCUUUACCGCUCUUCCACCGCCCCUCCUCCAAACGCCCGACGACGACUACACACGUUUUCCCGUAGCAAUAGGCAGAUGAAAAUAAAUCACAUCUACAUCCAUUACUAUUGACUUGUGUUCAAUCUUCUACCGACACUCUAGUGUCCAAUUGCUGAUAUUGUGCUAUACAUCUUAAUUUUUGCACUUCAUAUUUCAUUAGAAGAAAUAUUUCCAACCAAGCAAAAUGACGUACGAGACAGUUAAAACAUUUUAUACAAAUAAAAACAUAUUUCUAACGGGUGGUUCUGGUUUUGUUGGGGUUUCUUAUAUUGAAAAAGUACUCAGGAGCAUGCCAAAUGUUGGAAGUAUAUUUGUUUUACUUCGGCCACGGAAGGGACAAGGCAUCCAAGAAAGAUUGGAUACUAUGAAAAACAAUUCGGUAUUUGAUGUUAUUAAAACUUCCGAUGGUUUUGAUGAAUUAUUAAGUAAAAUAAAACCUGUAUGUGGAGAUAUAUCUGAGGAAAAUUUAGGAUUAUCAGAUGACGAUUUCAAAAUGCUUUGUGACAAUGUUAAUAUUGUAGUUCAUUGUGCAGCCACAUUAGAUUUUGAAACUGAUCUCAAGACAGCUGUAACUGUCAACUUAUUGGGUACCAAACGUAUAGUAGAGCUGAGCAAAAAAAUAAAAAACCUUCAAUGUUUAUUGCAUGUGUCUAGUGCCUAUGUUAAUAGUAAUAAAAAUUAUGCAAUGGAAAAAAUUUAUGAUGCACCAGCGAAUUAUAAUGAUAUUAUUAAUUAUACUCAAACUACAGACACUGAGAAAUUAAACAGCGGUGCUGAAAAGAUCAUGGGAGAUCACAUUAAUACUUACACGUUCACUAAAGCUUUGGCUGAACAUGUUGUUAAUGAUGCCAGAAAUAUUAUUCGUACCUGUAUAGUACGACCAAGCAUGAUUGUUGCUGCAUGGAAAGAGCCUGUUGAAGGCUGGACAGUAUCAAAAAAUGGUCCUCAAGGAUUCAUAAUGGGUGCUUCAAAAGGAGUAGUAAGGCGUUUACCAGUGAACAAGUCUUUAAUAUAUGAUUAUAUACCAGUAGAUGUGGUGAUAAAUACAAUGAUUGCUAGUACAUGGUUUAGUGCUCAAUUGCCAGAUAGUACACCAACCGUAGAUGGGCAAACACCAAUAUUUCAUUGUACAACAAGCACAUGCAAUCCAUUCCGUUGGAAUGAUAUUUCAUCGAUACUGACAACUACUUUACAUAAUUAUCCCAUUCGUGGAGCUGUGUGGUAUCCAAAUAUAAAAUUUUUACCCAAUUUAUUCAUGUAUUGGAUUUCUUCAGCCAUUUUUCAUUUUAUUCCAGCUUACAUAUUAGAUUUUGUUACCAAAAUCUCUGGCGGAAGACCAAUCCUUGUACGAUUACAUAAAAAUGUGAACCGAUCACUCAGUAAACUUGCACCAUUUAUAUUUAAUGAAUGGAAAUUUGAUAACGCUCGUACGCUUCGCCUACAAGAAGAACUGAGCGUGGAUGACCAAUCUGUAUUUUACAUCGAUCCUACAUCCCUAAAUUGGACUCCAUAUUUUAUAAACCUUACAUUGGGAGUACGGAAAUAUUUACACAAAGAAAGUGAUAAAACAAUGAAACAAGCUUUGAAAAAAAAUUUUUUUUUGAUGUUGGCAAAUACUGGUGUACAGUUAUUGGCAGUGACUGGAAUUUGGUAUUUAUCUUCAUUCAUAACCGGUACACCAUUCUUAUCCAACUAUUGGGCUGCAUUAAUAGUAAUUAUUUUUGGAUAUAUUUUUUAAGUUCACUAAUUAAAA